ACAAAUUAACAGAUUAAAAGAUAACCUCUGAGUAGACAUUGUCAGAGGUUAAAUACAUAUCGUGCAUACAGAUUUCAAUAAGCCUAUUAUUAAUACAUUAUUAUUGAUGACUUGUCAUAAAUGUGUAUAUUCAAACAUAUUAGUUCGGCAUUGCAUAGUGCUGGUUGAACUAUUUUGGGGGACUAGAAAUUUAAUAUUAGCAAUCAUUGAAACAUUCCAGUCAGGGCCGUUGUAAAAAAACAUAUUAUGAGAAAAUAAUCUCCAAUUAUUGAUGAAUUCUCGUAUCAUGCAAUGGUUGAGACCAUACGUCAAAAUCUAAUACGUUCAAGGUGAUAAUUCAGGUCAGGUAAAGAUCUUUACAUAAGAAUUAAAAUCUAAUGAAUUUCUUCUCCCAAACUUAACAUAUGUGCAUUACAACAUAUUUGAAUCGAAACUGCAAAUACUGGUUGCAUUAUUGUUGAAGAGUGUUACAAGAUAGGGUAUGGGACUAUUCCUGUAACGAUUAGUUCGUGUUUUAAUAGUGUCCAAUAGGCUGCUGUUUCUUGUUCUUCUACCACUGACGUCUCCCCGGAAGGGGGGUAGCCAAUUCCGGUAGGACUCAGACUGUAGUAGUCUUCUUGCGAAUGUCUGACAAAGGUGUUCACGUCUUUGCUGUAGUGUCAUGAGGCAUAGCGUUUUGCAAGCGUCAGUAUAGGUUGUGUAGUCAGGCCCAAGGAUGAUUCGAAAAGCCCUUCGCUGUAUUCUUUCCAGUUGACGUCUUUGGGACUGUGUAAUGGCUGGUUGCCAAACUGGGACAGCGUACUCACAAGAAGAAGACAUCUGUGAGAAGGACCUGGAGUUGAACCAGUCAUACAGGCCAGGUGUCAGAAUCCGGCAGCAGGAUGCGAUACGCCCAGCUUGUGAUGGGUCCUGCCGGCAGCGGGAAGAGCACUUACUGCAGUACCAUCGUGAAGCACUGUGAGGCGCUGAGGAGAAGCGUGCGUGUUGUGAACCUGGACCCUGCAGCUGAAUACUUUGAUUAUCCGGUCAUGGCAGACAUCCGUGAACUGAUCAGUGUGGAUGAUGUGAUGGAGGACGACUCUCUCAGAUUCGGACCAAACGGAGGCCUCGUCUUCUGUAUGGAGUAUUUCAUCCAGAACUUUGAUUGGUUAGAAGAGGAGCUGGGAGAAGGGGAGGAUGACUACUUUCUGUUUGACUGCCCAGGUCAGAUAGAGCUGUACACACACAUCCCUGUGAUGAGAAAGUUAGUGGACACGUUACAGCACUGGGACUUCAGGGUCUGUGGGGUGUUCCUCAUUGACUCACAGUUCAUGGUUGAUCCUUCCAAGUUCCUGUCUGGCGCGCUGUCUGCCCUGUCAGCCAUGGUGACCUUGGAGGUUCCACACAUCAAUGUCAUGACCAAGAUGGAUCUCCUCAGCAAGAAGACAAAGAAAGAGAUAGAAAGAUAUCUUGAUCCAGACAUCAGAGGCAUCCUGGCUGAUGGCAGGGAAGGAUAUUUUGACAAAAAAUUCCAGAAGCUGACAAAGGCACUGGGGAGUGUGGUGGAUGACUUCAGCCUGGUCCAGUUCCUCCCUUUGAACAGAUCAGACGAGGACUCCAUAGAUGUUGUACUGAACACCAUCGACUGUUCCAUUCAGUAUGGGGAGGACCUGGAGCCCAGGGAAGCACCGGAGUUGCCUGAUGAUGAUGAUGACGCAGUAGACAGUGGAUUCCCUGGGGAGGAGAGCUGAUAUCCUGGGAACAAGAUCAUCUUGUAUCUACAAUGUACAUCCCUUUAUCAUUACUAAGAAAGCUUCUGAAAGGAUGGGAAAACAGCUGUCAUACAGUGUUUGUUCUUCAAAUAAAAACUCAGACCAGACAUCUGGAUUAAGAGAUCAAUUUUUUUUAUAAACCAGAAGGUGUUACAGUGAACAUCCUUUUUCUCCAUACUGUAUAUCUUAUUGAUGUAGUUUGAUGACUACUAUUCAGCUGUUAUUUCUUUUUUGUCACAUUUUCAGAGGAUAGUAUUUAAGAAUACUAACAAUAAAGUUGUUCAACAAUU